GAUAAAGUAAUUUACAAUAAGAAAAUUGUUCAUUUGAAUAAAAUGGAUAAUAUAUAUUUAUUGAAGCAUUUCAUCCUAAAUACCAAGAAACUCAUGAUUUUUUAAUUAAAAUAGCUGAACCAGUAAAUAAACCAAAGUUUAUUCAUGUUUAUAAAAUGACAUUAUUUUCUAUGUACACAGCUAUGAGUUUAGAUUUAACUGCAAAGAUUAUUUAAAAAAAAUUAUUAGAAUACUCAAAAAAUAAAAAACUUCCUGAAUCAACAAUAAACUAUAUUGAAUAGCAUACUAAUAAAUUUGGAUGCGCUUUUUUAUAUAUGUAUGAAUAAAAUUAUUAUUUAAAAAUAGAUUAAAAAGAACUAAACAAUGCUAUACCAGAACAUUAAAGUCUUAUGGAAUAAGUUGAUUAUUUUCCAUAAUAAAAUGAAAAUGAAAAUACUUUAGAGAAUAUUUUUAUCUCUGGAAAAGCAAGAAGUGGAAUUAUUGUUUUACCAUGUGGUGCUGGCAAAACUUUAUUAGGAAUUAUAGUUGCUGAAAAAAUAAAAAGAAGUACUUUAGUUAUUUGUGAUAUUGAUACUGCUACAAAACAAUGGAAAACUGAAUUUUUAAGAUGGACAAACAUAAAAGAAGAUAAAAUAGUUAUAAGAACUGGAUAAAGGAAAGAUGAAAUUCCUUAAAAUGGAGAGCCAUUUAUUUUAAUUACUACUUAUAAAUAGUUAACAAGUGUAAUGAACAGAGUUAAUAAUUAGAAAAAAAAUAAUAUAAAUAGAACUUAAUAUGAUGAAAUGGAUAGAGAUGUUACAGAUAUUAUCCAUAAUUAAUAAUGGGGUUUAUGUUUAGCUGACGAAACCUAAAUGUCGGCAGCAGAAACUUAUAGAGAAAUAUUUAAGUAAUUUAAAUUCAAAAUGAAAAUUGGACUAACAGCAACACCAUACAGAGAAGAUAAUAGAAUUACUGAUUUAUUUCAUAUGAUAGGUCCAAAAUUAUAUGAAGUUAAUAUUUCUGAACUUAUUUAAGAUGGUCAUUUAGCAAAACCUUAUUGCGUAGUAUUUAGAGUUAAAAUGGCAGAAAAAGCUAAAUAAUUAUUAUAAGAAAAACCUUAGUGCGAUGUAGUAGCAUAUACUGGAAAUUAAAAAAAAUUCAAACUUUUAGCUUACUUAAUUAAGCUUCAUGAAAUUAGAGGUGACAAAAUUUUAGUAUUUUGCGAUUCUAUUGCUGUUUUGGAAGAAUUUUCUAAAAGACUUUGUUACCCUGUAAUCUGCGGAAAUGUAAAGAAAUUAGAUGAAAAACUUGCAUGGCUAGAAAUGUUUAGAAAAGGGCAUAUUAAUACAUUAUUUUUAAGUAGGGUAGGAGAUACUGCUUUAGAUUUACCAAGUGCUAAUGUAUUAAUUUAGAUUGGCUUUCAUUUCGGGUCGAGAAAACAAGAAGUUUAAAGAUUAGGAAGAAUCAUGAGAAGGAAAGAAGGUUAAAAAGGUGAAUAUAAUGCUUAUUUUUAUACUAUAAUUAGUAAAGAUACAAGAUAAGCUCAAAUUUAUUAUCAUAGGCAAAAAUGCUUGGUUGAUCUUGGAUUGGAUUUCGAAGUUAUUGAUGAAGAUAAGCUUGAAUACGAUAAUGAUAUAUUAGAUUAAAUAACACUUAAUUUAUGUAUGCUAAUGGAAUAGGAAGAUGCAUAUAUGAGAUAAGAUGUAAACGAUGAUUGA